CAGAGGGAUUCCUCAAAUUAAAACUUAUCUUUCAAAAUUCACAAUCAAUUGAUGCCACUACAAGUCUCCAAAUGGAUGGACAAAAUCAGAAACCCAAAAAAUUAUUAAACCGAAAAACAAAAAAGGUGGGUUUUGGGACCCACUUUUGAGGGGGUUCCACAACACACUCUCAUAGCCUACCACCAUCAAUGGUGCAGAAACCAGAACCCCUCCCCUCUCUGUCAAUAAUUCCUCCCCAACCAAGCAUCCUACACUAAGUUCUAUUCUUUUUUUUCUUUCUUUUUUUCUAUUUUUAUUAUUAUUUUAUUUUAAUAUUCUUAAAUAAUUAGGAACGCUUGGUUUUGUUUUUCCAUUUUUAUUUUUAUUUUUCCUAUCCUACCCUUCCCUAAAAAGCUAUAAUACACCUCCCCUAAGUCUUCUCUUUGACUUGAUUCUCACCCACCAUUUAAAACCCCACCACCUUCUAUUUUCUUUAUAAUCAAUACCACCACCGCUCUCCUAUUUAGUAAUUCAAAUAUAUUCUCUACUUAGUUACCAUUUUUUCUCGCAGACUCAAGUCAAGCACUUAGAGAGCAAGAGAGAAAGAGAUGGCAAAGGAGUACCAGAAGAACAGCAUGUUCAUUGAACAUAGCACUCAGACUACAGGAGUAGUGCUUGAGAACGGUGAUUUCCGCAAGAACGUCGACGAAGAUGGACGUCCAAGAAGAACUGGGACAUGGUUGACGGCAAGUGCUCACAUCAUAACGGCGGUUAUCGGUUCUGGAGUACUGUCGUUGGCUUGGGCCAUUGCUCAGUUGGGUUGGGUUGCAGGGCCUGCUGUUCUCAUGGCCUUCUCUUUCAUCACCUACUUCACUUCUUGUCUUCUCGCUGACUGUUAUAGGUCGCCGGACCCUAUCAGCGGAAAAAGAAACUACACUUAUAUGGAUGUCGUUAAAUCUUAUUUAGGUGGUAGAAAAGUGCAGCUUUGUGGGCUGGCUCAGUACGGUAAUCUCAUUGGGAUUACAAUCGGUUACACUAUCACUGCAUCUAUCAGCAUGGUGGCGGUGAAAAGGUCAAAUUGUUUUCACAAACAUGGUCAUCAAGAUCACUGUUACAUAUCAAACUAUCCAUUGAUAAUCAUAUUUGCUUGCAUCCAAAUCGUUCUGAGUCAAAUACCAAACUUUCACGAGCUCUCUUGGCUUUCUAUAUUAGCGGCAAUCAUGUCCUUUGCUUACUCUUCUAUAGGAGUAGGCCUCUCUGUGGCUAAAGUUGCAGAUGGUGGAGCACAUGCAAGGACUUCGUUAACAGGAGUGACAGUUGGGGUGGACGUGUCAGGAACUGAGAAAGUUUGGAAGACUUUCCAAGCCAUUGGGGAUAUUGCUUUUGCUUAUGCCUACUCCACAGUGCUCGUCGAAAUACAGGACACACUAAAAGCAGGUCCUCCAGAGAACAAAGCCAUGAAGAAAGCUACCUUAGUUGGGAUAUUGACCACCACUUUGUUCUAUGUCCUUUGCGGCUGUGUUGGUUAUGCAGCGUUUGGUAACAAUGCACCAGGAAAUUUCCUCACUGGGUUUGGAUUCUAUGAACCCUUUUGGCUUAUUGACUUUGCCAACGUGUGCAUAGCUGUCCAUCUAAUUGGAGCGUAUCAGGUCUUCUGCCAACCCAUUUUCGGAUUUGUAGAAAGCAAGUGCUACAACAGGUGGCCGGAAAACAAAUUCAUAACAAAAGAAUACGCGGUCAAAAUCCCAUUCCACGGCAUUUACUAUAUCAAUUUCUUCAGGUUGGUUUGGAGAAGUUUGUACGUAAUAUUCACAGCGAUUGUGGCGAUGAUAUUUCCUUUCUUCAACGACUUCGUGGGGUUACUUGGAGCAGCAUCUUUCUAUCCACUGACAGUGUAUUUUCCAAUUGAGAUGUACAUUGCUCAGGCAAAACCACCAAAAUACUCAUUGACUUGGAUUUGGCUAAAGAUUUUGACCUGGGUAUGUUUGAUCGUGUCAAUUGUAGCAGCUGCAGGGUCUAUUCAAGGUCUGGCUCAAGAUGUCAAAACGUAUAAGCCCUUCAAGGUCCAGCAAUAAUUCGAGAAUAACAUAGUUUUUAUAUAUAUAGGUUCCAAGCAGUGUGUAAUAGCUUUACUUUUCUUUUCUUUUUUUCUUUUUUUCUUUUUUUUUUCUUUUUUUUGGGGGGUGGGUCAUAUAAAGUUGUUAUAUGAAAGUCUGUAUUUCAAAAAAUGAUGUUGAAAUUGUAUGGUGUUUUAGACUGGUCGAUGUUACAAGUGUAUUCGUUUCAAGUACAAAAAGGGGGGAGAAAAAAAAAAAAAAAUGCGUAAGCCUCCCCAAACUUUCUUGGAUUUAGUUGGAAGUCAAUAAUAUCAACUUCUAAGGUUUUAGUUGAAGCUAGAACCUUCAAUUAUAUGACUGUCAAAA